CCAGCCCCUUGACAGUCCUCAGCCCAGUCGCAUCUCGGAGCCCGCGUCGAGCGACACGCGCUCCGCUGAGCUCUUCUCUUCUGCUCCUGGCGGGCGUGGCUGGGGGGGACUGGCGGCUUCGGGACCCUCGCGGCGCGGCGGAACCCAAGCGGCGGGCAGCGCGCUCAGGCCGGCAGCGGCCGGCUGCGGCCCGGAAGGAGUGCAGGCGGCUUCCACGGAGACGCUUGUCCAGAUUGGUGCAGCUGAAGACCUACCUGAUUUUCUCUACUCAAGAUGCUGGUUUAAUUGAUUUAUUUUCACUAUAAGUGUGGGAAGUCAGAAAAGCAAAGGUUCUCAGUACAGAGUGAUAGUUUGACCAUUUGAGCUCAGCCAGUAGCCUCCUGACUGACUAGUUAAGAUGCAGAAAAGACAAGGGUACUGCAGCUAUUGCCGUGUGCAGUAUCCUAACCUGGAACAGCACUUGUUCAGUGCUCAGCACAGAAGCCUGACCAGACAGAGCCGUCGGCGGACAGCCGCCAGCAGCACUUUGAUGGAACGCUUUCUGCAGGAUGUUCUUCGACACCAUCCAUACAAUUACCAAGACAACAACGGACCUGCACCAGAUGAGGCGGCUGCAGCAGCAGCAGCAGCAGCAGCAGCAGCAGCAGCAGCAGCAAAUCCUGAGUCACCUGAAGUGGUUGUUUUGGAUGACUCCGAUGAAAAGGAGGAUGAUACUGCAGAGAGCAGUGGAGAGCGGAACUCCGAGGAGGAUUCAGAAUCUGUUGAAGAGAUAGAUUGUAGACCUGGUACUUCCCAGGAGUGUGCAGAGGUUGCGGUUCGACCAUCGGUUAUUCAAAAGCUGGAGCGGGGGCAGCAGCAGCCCUUGGAGUUGGCUCAGGAAGUUGAGAGUGGUGUGGAAAGAGUUAAUUCAGUCGGUGUUGUUCAGGCUUCAACUAGUGGAAAAGAGUUAGUACGUCCCCCAGUGAUUUGUAAUGCUCCCGCCAGAUCUUUGCCUAGAGGCUCUGAGAGACCAGUUGCGGCUACCAGUGCUCCUCGGUUAGUACUGGCAGUUGCUUCAGAUUCCUUUCCAGCUUGUGACACAGAAAACCUUGAAACAUACUUUGACUCCCCAGAUCAGGGCACUAGCAAUCCGUCAUCUCAACCCGGCACUAAAGACCCGAAAAAGAAACCUUUAAACAUAAAUUUAGACAAAUUGCUUGCACAGAAAAAUCUCAGAGCUCAGGGUGCGUCUUUUUCCCCUGUUGUACGAGUCCGUGAGUUAACAGGUGAUGAGCUUUGUUCUGUAAGAGCUGGGCUGUCUUCUGAGGCAGGGGAAGGCACAUCAGGAGACCCCUGUGAGAGGGACACACUAGCAGGAGCACUUGGAGAAGGUGCCAUUCCAAAGCGUCGUCGUCGUCAUCGUCAUCGUGGGGCCUCUCGUUCGAACGUGGUCCGUCCCCAAGAAGAGACAUGUUUGGUCCUUAACAGACAGGAGCACCCAGUGAGUUCUGAAGUGACUUUCGAGCGUGGCUCUCUUCAGCUGGUACCUGGUCAUUCCCAAGCUGCAGGACACGACUUUCGUCAUCUGGAGGAGGAAGAGGAGGAAGAAGAGGAAGAAGAGGGAGCUGACCAAGAAGAUGAGAGCUAUGAAUCUAGAGGUUCUGACACGAGUUUUGAUUCUGACUCCUCUUGUCGGUCACCAAGUGCCCUAUCUGAACUGACUGCUAGAGAAAUACAUGGAUCAGAAGAAGCACAUGCUGACAAUGUCCAGCCUCGGGAUGAAACGCCUACUGUUUCUGGGGCAACCUCAGAUAAUGGCAGCGCUUCUCAUCAGGGGCCUCCCAGCCGUUCUCCAGUAAUCACACGGAACAUGCAGCUCAUCAGUCUGGUUGAUGAGAGCUAUGAGUCUAGUGGCUCUGAAGGGAAUUUUGACGGUGAAGACUCACUUCCGUCCACUAGUCGCCAUCCCCCACAGCCUGUGAGAGCAGCAAGUCUUCGCACACAGAUGGCCAUCCGCUUGGUUGACAACUACGGAAGCGGCAGCUCUGAAGCAUGUGAAGAUUCUGGGUCCUCAGCUGAUGAGACACCAGAAGCCCCAGAACAGCAGCAACCUCCGAAGAAUGCCCAUGCGCACCUGGUUGAUGAGAACUACGGGUCAGGUAGUUUCAGUUCUGACAGUGAUGCGGCACCCCAAAUGCCUGUUCGAGAAAGAAGCCCCAGGGACAGAGCUGUCCAUCAGGAAAAUGAACACCAACCCAGGAGUGCUGAAGCACAUCCUGAACAUGAUGGUUCUCUUGAGACAGUGGCUGAUGAACCCCAGAGAGAAGCAGAAAUAAAUGUUCCGAACCAGAGUACCAGCCGUGGGGAUAUGAACUGUGAGUCUCAUGGUCCUGAAAUGGGUUUUCAUGCUGAUGCUCAAUUAGAGGCUGAUCAAUCUCCACUAAAUCCCGAGGAAGUAGAUGUUGACAUAGAAAAUCAGAGUGUUCACUCUGGCAUUUCUAAUCUAAGUUCUGAUUCCCGUGCUUCUUAUCAGUCAGCUAAUGAUCAACCUCAAGGGGCUUGGGGUGAAGUAAAUCUUGAUGAGUUAAAUGUCGACAUGGAAGUUAAGAGCAAUGGGUGCUCCAGUUCUGAGUUGACAUUUGAUUCCGAUUCCCCUCUUCUGUCAGUUACUGAGCGGUCUCUGCUGGAUGUUGAAGGAAUAAACGAAGAUGACUUUAACCUGGAAGAUGAAAGCUGUGUGUCAAGUAGUUCUUACAUAACUUUUGAUUCUGAUAUUCCCGAUGACUCAGUAGCUGACCAACCUCAAGUAGCUGUUUAUGAGGAGGAACCUGUUGAUCUGGAAAAUAAGAGUAAUGCAUCUUGUGUUUCCGAAAUAACAUAUGAUUCUGAUAUUCCUCUUCAUUCAGGAAAUGAUCACCCUGAAGUAGCUGUUAAAGAAGUAAUCAUGCAGGAAGAAGAGAGCGUUCAUUUAGAAGGGAAGAAUGACAAUCCCAGUGGUUCUGAAAUAUGUUUGGAUUCUAAUGCCCCUCUUCAUUCAGUGACUAAUUCUGAUGUAGCUGUUGAAAAGAUACAUUCCCCUAACGAAGAGCAGGUACACAUAGAACAAAAGGAAAAUGAACCUACUGAUUCUGAACUAGACACUCUUAACUCAAAUCCUGGACAUUCUGAAGAUCCCAUUAUAGUACGUGCUUCUGAAACAAGAUUGGAUUCUCGUAUCCCCUUUCAGUCAGUUAUUUGCGAAUGUGAAGUAAUUGUCAAAAAUGUGUGCCCUCAAAAAGAAAAGCAUGCUCAGUUGCCAAGUCAAAGCACAGAAUCUCAUUCUGAAAUCAAUGCGGCUUCUUCGUCUGCUCCUCAAGCAGUGACAGAACUUUAUGUAGGUAAGAAAGCCAAGAGAAAGACAAAGCAUCUUGAGGAAGUCAAGAGCGAUGAUGAAUAUGACUCUCCACCUACUUUCCAUUCUGAUGGUUUGCCUCAGUUAAUGACUGAAAAACCUCAACCAGCUGCUUUGAAAGAGGGCUAUGCUGACCCAAAAGAUGAGAGCACUGAAGUCAGUCUGAAUACUGCUGGUUGUCUUGAUUCAGUCAUUAGCCAACCUCAGCCAGUCGAGAAGGAAGACCAUGUUGAAAUGGAAGACACAAACGACCAACCCAGUGAUUCUAAAGCAAAUGUUGAUUCUCCUGGCCACUGUCAGGCACCACCUAAAGAUGACGUGAUCACAAAAAUGAGCCAGUGGAAAAAUGAGGCAAAGGACCUUGAAAAGAAGAUCAGUGAACUUAUUUAUUCAAAACUAAUGCAUGAUUCCAGUGUUUCUUUUCAUUCUGCAAUGGAUCACCUUGAAGUAGCUCUUAAACAAAUAAAUCUUGAUAGUAAUGAUCAAUUGCCCUCAGAAGAUAACACCCAGGAUGCCAGUUCUGAAACAAAUUUGGAUUCUGAUUUGUUAGUCCAGUCAGUAGUUGAAGCACCUGAAAUAACUGUUUUGGAGCCUGAACACAUUGAACUUGAAGGUAGGAAUAACAAGUCUUGUGAUUCUAAUGAUGUCCGAUCAGAGGCUGAUAAGCGUAGUGACAGUGAGGAAAACCAAAGCCAGAAGGAUAAAGAUGACGUGGAGGGUAAGAAGGAUGAGGUGCAGGGUUUGGGAAAUACAUAUGUUUCCAGCAUCCCUCAGCCUCUGGCUGGCCAAACGGAAGGUGUAGUAGUUCAGGAGGUCAGCUGUUGGAAGGAGCAGGGGGAUUUGGAAGAUAAGAUCGUUGAAUCUAGUGACUCACAAAUAAACUUGCAUUCUGAUGAACCGCUUCAGUCUGUGACUAAUACAGCCCAAUUGCCUGCUGAAGAGAUAAAUUUACUGAGGGGACAUGUUAGUCCACAUGAUAGUGACUGUGAGCCCUGUGGCUCUGAAAUAGUGGCUAUUUCAAAUGUCAUUUUUUGUUCAGUGACUCGGAAACCACAGCAUUUGCAAAAAGAGUGUACCAGUUUGAAGAGCAGCAGUCCUUGUGGUCCUGAAGUGAGUGUUGAUUCCCAUGAUGGUCCUGAAAUGAGUUUGGAUUCCAGUGAUCCUUGUCAGUCAGUAGCAGGCCAUCUUCAAAAAACUGUCAAGGAAAUGAAUCUGAAGGAAGACCAUAUUUAUCUGGAAGAUAAGAGCUACAAGCUAGUUGAUUUUGAACCAACUUGCUAUGCUGAUGAUCCUGUUCAGUUGGUGACAGAUCCAUCUGUGGAGGAUGCGUCUAUCACAGAAGUAAACCUGCAAAGAGAGACUCAUGAUGACCUAGAAAAUGAGACCUUCCAGCCAUGUUGUUCUGAAGUAACAUACAGUUCUGGUGUUCACCUACCGGCAGGAGUUGACCCACCUCACGUGGCUUGCAAAGUAGCGUAUCUUGAGAAGAAAGAGCUUGACAUGGAAGAAAAAUGCAACGAAUCCUGUGAGCCUCAAGUGCUGUAUGACUCUGACGUCUCCUUUCAAAUAGUAGUUAACCAGCUUCAAACACCAGAUGAUGGAGAGACAGAUGCACCACAGGUGGUGUUUGUGGAUGUUGUGUCCAGUGAUGAUUGUGACCGGGAAGUAAUUUCUGAGUCCAAUAUCCCUCUUCAGCUAGAAACUGAGCCACCUCAGUUGACUGUCAAAGAAACCAGUGAGAUAAACACAGAUUCUGUUGGUUCUGCAGCAAUUGAAAAGUACUAUUGCAAAUUCUGUGGUUGUGAUUAUGAAGCCUCUCAGUCAGUGACAAAUCAAUCCAAGGAAAGUUUCAAAAUAAUAAAUCGGAAGAAUGACUACAUUAUUCUGGGAGAUUCCACUUGUUCAUCUUGUGGUCAUGAACUCAAUUUCAAUGUUGAUGCCUCUGAACAGCCCACUACCUGCCAGUUACAAGAGACUAAUGGUAGUUGUAUUGUCCCAGAAGUUAAGAACUAUGACUCUAAUGGCCAUGAUGCCUCUGAACAGCCCACUACCAGCCAGUUACAAGGGACUGAUCGUAGUUCUGUUGGUCCAGAAGUUAAGAAGUAUGUCUCUAAUCGUCAUAAAAGACGUUUCACUUCGGAAGAUACUGUUAGAAAUGUCAGUCUUUGGCAAGAGCCAAGAAGUGUUGCCUGUCGAGACAGGAACUGGGAAUCUGGUAGUUUUGCACCAAGCAGUACUAGUAGUACCCGUCCUAUGUCAUUGAUGAGCCGCACAACUGUGGUACACAUCCCUUUGAAGAUACCGGACGAGGAUUUAGAAACUUCUCCAUCUGACCUGCGUUUUCACAAUGAUUAUGACACCGAUGAACCUCAACCUGCCAAGAAAUCACGCCCCACUAAGAGGAUAACUUUCGACAUGAAAGUAACUAAGUAUGAAUAUCAAGACCUCGAUGAGACGGAAGAAGCAGAAGAGUUGGCAGAACUGGUUCUUGAAGUGCCACCUCAGGUCCCUCCAUCAGUUGCUGAAACUCAGUCUCAGAUGAGCGAAGAAGCUCCAUCGGUGGCUGAAACUCGGUCUCUAAUGAGCGAAGAAGCUCCAUCAGUUGUUGGAACUUGGUUUCAGACAAGUGAAGAAGCUCCAUUGGUUGUUGGAACUUGGUCUCAGACAAGCGAAGAAGCUCCAUCGGUUUCUGAAACUUGGUCUCAGAUGAGUGAAGAAGCUCCAUCGGUUGUUGGAACUUGGUCUCAGAUGAGUGAAGAAGCUCCAUCGGUUUCUGAAACUUGGUCUCAGAUGAGUGAAGAAGCUCCAUCGGUUUCUGAAACUUGGUCUCAGUCGAGUGAAGAAGCUCCAUCGGUUGUUGGAACUUGGUCUCAGAUGAGCGAAGAAGCUCCAUCGGUUGCUGGAACUUGGUCUCAGAUGGGUGAAGAAGCUCCAUCGGUUGCUGGAACUUGGUCUCAGACAAGUGAAGAAGCUCCAUCGGUUUCUGAAACUUGGUCUCAGAUGAGCGAAGAAGCUCCAUCGGUUGCUGGAACUUGGUCUCAGAUGAGUGAAGAAACUCCAUCUGUUGCUGGAACUUGGUCUCAGACAAGUGAAGAAGCUCCAUCAGUUGCUGGAACUUGGUCUCAGACAAGUGAAGAAGCUCCAUCGGUUAGAACUUGGUCUCAGACAAGUGAAGAAGCUCCAUCGGUUAGAACUUGGUCUCAGGCGAGUGAAGAAGCUCCAUCGGUUAGAACUUGGUCUCAGGCGAGUGAAGAAGCUCCAUCGGUUGUUGGAACUUGGUCUCAGACAAGUGAAGAAGCUCCAUCGGUUGUUGGAACUUGGUCUCAGACAAGUGAAGAAGCUCCAUCGGUUAGAACUUGGUCUCAGACAAGUGAAGAAGCUCCAUCGGUUAGAACUUGGUCUCAGACAAGUGAAGAAGCUCCAUCGGUUAGAACUUGGUCUCAGAUGAGUGAAGAAGCUCCAUCGGUUGCUGGAACUUGGUCUCAGACAAGUGAAGAAGCUCCAUCGGUUAGAACUUGGUCUCAGACAAGUGAAGAAGCUCCAUCGGUUAGAACUUGGUCUCAGACAAGUGAAGAAGCUCCAUCGGUUAGAACUUGGUCUCAGACAAGUGAAGAAGCUCCAUCGUUUGCUGGAACUUGGUCUCAGACAAGUGAAGAAGCUCCAUCGGUUAGAACUUGGUCUCAGAUGAGCGAAGAAGCUCCAUCUGUUGCUGGAACUUGGUCUCAGACAAGCGAAGAAGCUCCAUCAGUUGCUGGAACUUGGUCUCAGACAAGUGAAGAAGCUCCAUCGGUUGUUGGAACUUGGUCUCAGACGAGUGAAGAAGCUCCAUCGGUUGUUGGAACUUGGUCUCAGACAAGUGAAGAAGCUCCAUCGGUUGCUGGAACUUGGUCUCAGACAAGUGAAGAAGCUCCAUCGGUUGUUGGAACUUGGUCUCAGACAAGUGAAGAAGCUCCAUCGGUUGUUGGAACUUGGUCUCAGACGAGUGAAGAAGCUCCAUCGGUUGCUGGAACUUGGUCUCAGAUGAGCGAAGAAACUCCAUCGGUUGCUGGAACUUGGUCUCAGACAAGUGAAGAAGCUCCAUCAGUUGCUGGAACUUGGUCUCAGAUGAGCGAAGAAGCUCCAUCGGUUGUUGGAACUUGGUCUCAGACAAGCGAAGAAGCUCCAUUGGUUGUUGGAACUUGGUCUCAGACAAGUGAAGAAGCUCCAUCGGUUGUUGGAACUUGGUCUCAGACAAGUGAAGAAGCUCCAUCGGUUGUUGGAACUUGGUCUCAGAUGGGUGAAGAAGCUCCAUCGGUUGUUGGAACUUGGUCUCAGAUGAGUGAAGAAGCUCCAUUGGUUGCUGAUACUAGGUGUCAGAUGAGCGAAGAAGCUCCAUCGGUUGCUGAAACUCAGUCUCAGAUGAGCCAAGAAGCUCCAUCGCUUGCUGGAAAAACUCGGUCUCUAACGAGCGAAGAUGAGGUGCAAAGCAAUGCACAGGAAUCUCAGGGUCAUCGCUCCAGUUGCUCUGAGAUCAAGAAAGUUCUUCUGGUUGCAAAAGAAAAGACUGCCUGCUCUGACAAUAACCAGAACACCACAUCAGUUCACGAAUUGCCAAAUCUUGAAUAUACUGAAGGUAAAGUUGGAGACACCAAUGACUUCUCAGUGGCUGUAGAUAAACCAUCUUGUUCCCUAGCAGAGGGGCUCCAUCAGCAACAUGGGCAUGUGGCUUCUGAGAACCAGGUAGAAGGAGUCAGAUGUGGAACUCAAGCAAGUUCUGGGAAGAAAAGAAAAGUGGCAAGACAAGAACGAUUACCAAAAAAGAAGCAUUUCCAACGUGACAGCCAGAAAAAAAAACCAACAAAGAAAACUGAGAAAACAGAGUUACCCAAACCACAAACUACAGCUUCGGAGCCUGUACAGCCCGAUUCCUUAGUCUCUAUUUUUUCUUCUCUAAGUGUGAAGGAAGAUCAGUCUUUGAACCCACCUAAAACGAAGCCUGGCAGGGAGAGGGAUUUACGGUUCAUAUACAGUUGUAAAGAGCACAGCGCUCCUAGCCCAUCACCUAAGAAAACUGUAAUUAAUCCUCCACAGACCCCAGCGGUACCAGACCAUGACAAACAAGAGGUAGCUGGCAGUGAUCUUAGUAAGACUGACCCAAAGCCGGGUGCAGGGGAGAGUGGUGCCAACAGACCAAACGUGGCUUCAAGAUCUAUUCUGGCAAUGCCGAAGAAGAGAAUUGUGUUCAGGAUCCUUGGGGCCAGCCAGUCUUCACAUCCAGAAAAUUCAGGUGUGGGUGCUCCUGCAGUUCCAAAGGAUAACAAUUUCCAGCAAACUGUUUUAAAUAAUGACAGUGCCAGAACUAUUCCCAAAUUAAUUUUAAAGGAGGUUGUAGACAGCAAAAAUCAAAAGAAAUUUUGGAAAAAGAAGAUGGCCGCUACACAUGAAUCAAGCUUACUAAAAAAUGCUUACAAAACAGUGGUUCUCCAGAAAAAAACAAGAAAAUUUUCAGAAAAAAUGGCUAUUUGGGUUCAGCUGAAAGCAGCCGAUAUCUUCAGGAAGUAUUUUUGUGGAUGCCGUAGUUCUACACGCCGGAGGCGUCAGUCAAAGACUGUUCUCAUUCGAAUGCAACUGAGGAAGAAGAAGAUAGUCGCCAGGAAGAUAAAGAAGGCCAAGAAAGCAGCAGCCGAAGCGCGUGCGCGUGAGCGUGCGCGUGAGCGCGCGCGUGCGCGUUUGAGCCUGUCAGUCGUCCCAGCGGUUGAAGCGCGUGCGCGUGCGAGCCUGUCAGUCGUCCCAGCGGUUGAAGCGCGUGCGCGUUUGAGCCUGUCAGUCGUCCCAGCUGUUGCUGAAGAGCCAUCCAGCGCUGCUGCAGGGCCUGCAGAGAUGCCUGCUGUCUCUAAUGCGGCAGGAGUAAGGCGCUACCGGAAAACUAAAUACCGAAGGAGGAAGAAGCUACUUCCUGUGAGAGAAUAUGACCUGAGAAGCUCAAGUUCCGCAUCAAACACCGACAGGAUGGUGACUCGUCUUGCAAGCAAAUCGAGAAGUAAUGAGGCAAAAUAAAAGCGCCUAUCACAGCUGAUGGAGAGCGGUCCUCACUUGGAUGGGACACACUCGGACUUGAGCGAACAUACUUUUCCCAGCUUUGGUGGGGAAACGGACCUUACACUAUCCUUACACUAUUUUGCUACAGAUAAUUAUUUUUCAGAGAUUUUAUAUUCAUUUAAGAUUAGUGUUUAGGGUCCUUUUUGUUUUUUCUUUUAAAGAUUUAAAAGCAAACUUUGUCCCGUUUCUGUAGAAGAGCUUCAUCUUAAUUUGUCUUAUAAUUUAGCAUAGAAUUUUGUCCCUUAAAUCAUGUUCACAUUCAUUUCCUCUGGAAAUCUUUUGUGCCAAAAAGUUAGAACACUGGGAGAAUGAACAUAGCAAACUUAUUAAUGUCAUCUUUUAAACAAUUGGACAGACGUCUUUACUGAAUUACCAUGCUUACAAGUUGAAUCGUCAAUAAGUAUUCUAAUUGGAUAAAUAAAAAGAGCGACAUUGUGCUAUCUCAGUUUUCAACUAUGAUUGACUUGAAUGUUCACAAAAAUAUAAUUUGUUUUUCUUUUAAAGGCAUUC